GACCGUCACCUCAUCUGUCUGUACAGUUCGAUGCAGUCGCGCCUACUCGCCAAGCUUCCAUGGCGACAAACUAGAAAAGGCGUUUUCCUCAACUCUACCAGCCUGUUAGCUCCUCCAGGAGAGCUAACGGGCAUGUUACGAAAUGGGAUGAUGUAGCAGGACCUCGCAGUACUUUAGCAUGCUAAGCUAACGUGGAUCUGUUCACACAUUUGCCAGGAGAAACAAGCCCGUAACUAGAGCGCGCUAACGGCUGUGAGCUAACGGAGGCUAGCAGUCACCUGCAGGCUGUUCUUGCUAACCAACUGGCGUCGCCGUUGCUAGCUAACAUGAUGGAAAGUGUGAAGGAAAACGAGUGUGGGACGCUUUCAACUCCGUCAACACUACAGGGGGUACACGACUCUAACAGUGACAGUCAUUCCGUGAAGCCGAGUGGAUUAACACCGGGAAAGAGACACUCAAUCGGGGAGGAUAGUGACGGCGGGGGCGCAGAAGCAAAACUCUUCGGGAAGGGGCUGGCAGCCACCUCCCUUCUCCAGAUUGCAAUAAGGAAUGGUAUAUAUCAAAACCAAGUUGCCAACGCUAUCGGUGGUGCGGCCAAAAAUAUGAACAUACCGAUUGUGAAAACAGCCAACAUUUACAGCCUGACAUCAGCCAACAGCACCACUUCUGUCAACUCUUUGCUGAGCAGGAGGCGGCAGAGACACAAGCGGAACCUGUCGCUGGGGGCUCCGCCGACCAACACCUCUCCCGGGGUGUCCUCUGCGGAGGCGGUGAGUCCCGCUCCCUCAGUCUCGCCCCUGAGCACACUAAGCCUAGAUAGGAAGACUUUUCUUCGGCAGAAACAGUCAAAGCAGCUCCAGGCCUCGGAUAAGACAUGGGUGAGGUCGGACCUCCGGAGAGGGUGCAUUCACGUCCACGACUGGCUCACGCCCUCCUACCCGCGGCCGGUGCUCUGCACUGUGGACACCACUGCUGCAGAAUUAGCCAGUAAGCUGGAAGGGAGCAAAGCUGGGGCUGUGUUGAGAAUUAACUUUAAAACUGCUGCUUUAGUUGACUUGAAUGAUAAUUGCAAAGCUAGUAAUGGACACACGGAUGCAAUCGAUGUCAACAACCUCAACAGGGGGGAGAAUGAACUCAAACCACAGUAUUAUCCUGAUGCUAAACUGUCCUCUAACUUGUUGGAUGAAAAAACAGCCAGUAACUCUUCAUCUGAGGUCUACCUAAAUGACAUUGGGAUGGAUUUGAGCCUGAGCGUGGGAGACUGUUAUGGAGUCUACUCUGGAUCAGAUAUGGAAAGCAGCACCUGUGAGGACUUCAGCCCAGGUGGACCCAGAAGCACAGAGCACCGCGACUCGCUCAGUGACGGGCUGGGUUUGGGGACAGACUCUUCGGUGUUGAGCCCCACAGGAGACAGUGCCACAGAGGGACUUGACCCGUUUGAGAGCUCCUCAGAUGAAGUAGACCUCACCUCGUCUCCAACACAUUCAGCUGGUAACUCUGCUGCAGACCAGCAAGAGGACCUGCCCACCACAGACCCCUGUAGUGCUUCCAACCCAAUGACAACCACACUAGAUGACCCCCCAGCUGGAGGUGGUGGUGAUAUAGAUACCCCCAAAUUAAUCAAAGCCCCAUCUAAAUGUCCCAGCAGCUCUCAGAAUCGGCCGCUGUCCAGCCAAGCAUCUGCCCAGCCUGACCCGGAGGUCCCAGGGGGGAGCAGAGUGUGGCCCGAGCCCAUCAAUACUACCCCGACCCCGGCUCUCUUCGUCCAGCUGCAUGGUGGAGCUGUGCGGAGGCUCGAGGACGAAGAGAAGCCUCUUCAGAUAUUAAAUGAGUACCUCACUAAUCUGGGGUUUGAGGACGCAUGGAGGGUGCAAGGGGAGAGCAUGAAUCCAGAAAUCGGCUGCCUGAUUCGCUUCUACUUUGGCAAGCCUCGCAGUGUGGGCGGCUCUGAGCGCGUGCAGCUUUCGGGGGUGUUCAACGUGCGCAAAGGGAAGCUGGCGCUGCCGGUGAACCGCUGGUCCAAGCGGCAGGUCACACUGAGCGGGACCUGCCUCAUCGUCUCCUCUGUGAAACACGCCCACACCGGCAAGAUGCACAUCCUCCCCCUCAUCGGAGGAAAGGUGGAAGAGGUAAAGAGACACAGCCACUGUCUGGCUUUCAGCUCGGCUGGUCCCCAGAGCCAGACCUACUACAUCAGCUACGACUCGUACACAGAGCACCUCCGCUGGCACAGGACCGCCUCAAAGAUUGCAUCCCAGAGGGUGAACUCAGUCGACCUGUCGUGCUGCAGCCUGGAAGAGCUGCCCGCUCAGCUCUUUUACAGCCAGGACCUCACACACCUCAAUCUCAAAAACAACUUCAUGUCGCUCCACAAAGGUGUUCCAGCUCUGAGCACGUUUUGUAAACUGAGGAGCCUCAGUCUGUCAAAUAACGCUCUGUCAGACUUUCCCCUGUCCUUGUGUGACAUCACCUCGCUCACGGAGCUGAACUUGUCUGGAAACCGUCUCUCGUCUCUACCCGUGGAAGUAGGAACCAUGCACAACCUGCAGACGCUUCUCCUGGACGGUAACUUCCUGAGCUCCCUGCCCGCAGAGGUGGGCUCUCUGGAGGGCCUGACCUACCUCGGCUUGUCCUUCAACUGCUUCAGCUGCGCCCCCCCCGUCCUGGAGAAGCUCAGAGGCCUGGAGAGGCUCUGCCUGGCAGGGAACCAGCUCUCUGUCCUGGAUAUGGCGGGGCUGCAGUGGCUGCCUGCUCGCCACGUAGACCUCAGGCUGAACCGGCUUCAAAGGGUGACACUGGGAGACUCAGAGCAGCUGGUACACAUCCUGCAGCUGGACCUGAGGGACACCGGGCUCCAGGAGCUGGAUGUCAGGCCUAUCUGCAGGCUGGAGCUCCUCCGCUGUGACAGGAACUCUCUCUCCCUCCUCAGAGUCAGUGGCCACGCCCUCAAGAGCCUGCACGCUGCACACAACGAGCUGAAGCUCCUGGAGGUGCAGCCGGUGCCCGAGAAACUGACUAUUCUGGAUUUGUCCUGGAACAAGCUGGGAUGUGUCCCUGCCUGGGUGUGUGAGAGCAGCAGACUGGAAGUGUUGGACAUCAACCAUAACUUUGUUACAGAGCUGCCCCUACAGUUGCUGUCCAGUGGGAGCCUGAGAAAGCUGCUGGCAGGCUGGAACCAAGUGUGUCGGCUGGCUGAGAGACUAGAGAGAUCACAGCUCGAGGUCCUGGACCUCCAACACAACCAUCUGACGGAGCUCCCACACAACCUGUUCAUCAAAGCACAGAGCUUGCGGUACCUAAACGUGUCAGCCAAUAAGCUGGAGAACCUCCCUUCAGCCAGCCUAUCAGAGGACAGCUCCAGCAGCCUGGAAGAACUCUAUGUGACAAAUAACUCCCUGUCGGACAAGUGUGUCCCCCUGCUGACUGGACACGGCCACCUCAGGGUGCUUCACCUCGCCUUCAACCAGCUGCAGACGUUUACUGCCAGUAAACUGGCACGUUUGGAGCAGCUGGAGGAGCUGGACCUGAGCGGCAACAGACUGAGGGCCGUGCCUACCACCAUCCUCAGCUGUCAGCGUAUGCACACACUCUCCGCCCACUCCAACUGCAUCAACGCAUUCCCCGAGGUUCUCCAGCUGCCUGAGAUCAAGUGUGUUGACCUGAGCUGCAACGAGCUGACGGAGGUGACUCUGCCGGAGACGCUUCCUCAGAAGCUUCAGGAUCUGGACCUCACAGGCAACCCUCGCCUCAACCUGGACCACAAGAGCCUGGAGCUCCUUAAUAAUAUCAAAUGUUUCAGGGUGGAUCCAUCUCCUUCAGCUCGUGUGAGCGAGCGCCACGGGGCCCCUGCAGUCUGGAGCCAUGGCUACACAGAGGCCUCUGGAGUCAAAAACAAGCUGUGUGUGGCCGCUCUGGCCCUGGACAGCUUCUGCGGGAUACGUGAGGCUCUGUACGGAGUGUUUGAUGGAGACAAGAACGUGGAGGUGCCUUACCUGCUGCAGUGCACCAUGGGAGACGUGCUAGCAGAGGAGCUGCACAGGGGCCAGAGGCAGGAAGACUACAUGACCAACACUUUCCUCACCAUGCAAAGGAAACUGGGCACAGCGGGUCAGAGGAUGGGGGGCUCGGCAGCUCUGUGUCACAUCAGACACGACCCGGUGGCUCCAGGCGAGCACGGCGGCUGCUUCACCUUGAAGGCCGCCAACGUGGGCCGGUGCCAGGCUGUUCUGUGCCGCGACGGUAAAGCUAUGCAACUCUCCAACACACACACCGUCAAAGAGGAGCCCGAGUACCUGAGGGUCCGGCAGCACAACGCCAUCAUCACCGAGGACAACAAAGUGAGUGGCGUGACUGACUCCACCAGGAUCAUGGGUUACUCCUUCCUGUGCCCGUCUGUGACACCCAGACCGCACGUCUCCACGGUUACGCUCACCCCGCAGGACGAGUUCUUCCUGCUGGGCAGCCGGGGAUUAUGGGACAUGUUGUCUCCCAGCGAGGCGGUGGAGGCGGUCCGGAAUGUCCCGGACGCUCUGGCUGCCGCUAAGAAGCUGGUGACUCUGGCUCAGAGCUACGGCUGCUCUGACAGCCUCAGCGCUGUGGUGGUGCAGCUCAGCAUCACGGAGGACUGCUGCUGUUUCUGCGAGCCCCCGCCGCCCCCACCCAGCCCGGGCCUGGGGGCGCACACCAGCACACACCCCUACUCAGUGGGCGGCGACGGGGGCAUCCCGCUGCCGCCCGCCUCCUCUGGGACGGUGAGCGAGCUUAGCAGCGAGUUCAGCACAUCGGAGAUGAGCAGCGAGGUGGGGUCCACCGCAUCCUCGGAGGACCCCCCGCCUCAGGCAGAGCCCCUCCCCUCCCACCUGAACCUGCCAGGGCGGGCAGGCAUUCGACGGCCGCAUUGUGGAGGGGGCAGCUUCCACAGGCAGUUCUCCGGAGCUCUGUCCGACCACGGGGUGGACAGCGAGGACGAGGAGCCCAUCGCCGGGGUGUUCUCCAACGGCAGCCGCGUGGAGGUGGAAGCGGACGUCCACUGCCUGCACCGCCACGGAAGCACAGCCCCCCAAACGCACACUACACCAAGCACAAAAAUCCCUCCUGCUGUGGCCACGCCUUCGCCUCUUCCCUUCCCCUCCCCGUCCCCCUCCCCUGUCCCUCCCUCCUCGCCCUGCCUCAGCGGGGAGGCUCAGUCGGGGACUCUGGGCCGCAGGGCUCGUGCUAACGGCUCCGUGGCCUGCCAAGGGAGGAACCAGGACCUCAUAGAGGAGGCGGGCGACGCCCCCGUCAGGAAGCAGGGGGGAUACUUCAACGCUCCCGCCCAGCCGGACCCUGACGACCAGCUCAUCAUCCCGCCAGAGCUGGAGGAGGAGGUCCGGCAGAUCAUCCAGCAGCAGCAGCAGCAGCAGCAGAUGCAGACACACAGCCAGCCAGCACACAGCUACCAGAAGCCUGCAGACUACUUCGUCACCCCGCUCUAGCUUCCACUCUGAGUCGCACCGCUCCCUCCAAAAGACCCUCAGCGUCCUGAACAUGCUUCUGGACCACAGACUGUGUUUUGUUAUCUACUUCAUUUUCUACUGUUAGCUCGAUGCCCCUUGAAACGCAAUGCAAUUUUUUAUAACUCUUAACAUUGAUCAAAUCUUCACAAUGUAAUUGAUUUUUUUUUUUACCAUAUCUUUAAUUUGAAGAAGCACUUUGAAAUGCUUUUGAUUGGAAACUCAUUCUUUGUUAAAUGGUACUUGGAGAUAGGGACCAUUGUGUUUUUGUGUUGUAGCAGACAUUUCCCCCGUGUGUCGCGGCUCUUGGCCUUUACAGUUGUGGGAGUUAGUAAACUGUUAAACUAACUCCUAGGAGUUUAAUACUUUAAAGUGACUUAGUCACUGAAGCGUACUAAUAUUCUCUGAGAGAAAAGAUGAUCAUUUCAAAAGGCUGAUAUUCCAGGUUUGUGUUUUGGGAGUGUGCAGAGUUCAGAGUGGUGCUGCAGUGCUGAGUAAAUGCUGAAGGGGGAGGGAGGGUGUUACUACCAGCUCAAUGAAUGUUCUCAGAACAGUGCUACAGACUUCUUGAUGAUGGCAAAUCGCACAAGAGAGCUACUUUUGCUAUAUAAUAAAUUAAAGUUUUCAGAUAAGCACAA